AUGAGCUCGCAGUGCGGCGCCUGCCUGCGCGUGGAGCCUGGCAGGGCCUUGUUCUGCCACGACUGCAUCUCGCAGAGACUAGCAGAGCAUUACGCCCGGAGCCAGCAACUGCGGAACGCUCUCACCCUCGUCACGAGCAAGGCCGCUGCUCUCCUCGCGGGUACCGAACGACCCGCCACAACUCCCGGCGGAGGCAGAAGCGCGGCUCUAGGGGUCGAGGACGAACGAUUAAUGAAGGCAGAGAAGUGGACGCUGGCGAGUCGGGCGUAUGCGGCGCGGGAGGCGGUCGCAAAGGGCAAGACGGCGAAUGAGUCGGAGCAAGAGAGAGUCAUCGCUCGGAGAGCGGCCAUCGCCUCUCGGCGCGCCAACUUGUCGACCGCAAGAUCGCUUCUCUCGUCUCUCGCCUUGCAAGGCCCUACAACUUCGUCACUCUCCCUACCUCACUCUCUACCAGCUCUCGAGGGCCAGCUCGAAUCUCUCGUCUCUCGCAACAACGAACUCGUCCUCGAAGCAGCUCGCGUUCGACGCAUCCUAUCCGUCGAGCUGCUCGCCGUCUUUGCCCUGCAGCGGACAGAGCAGCCCCUCCCCGACCCUUUCCUCCCGACGCCGCUCAACCAGUCGAUGUAUCCUCCGACCGCAACACUCACCGCCAGCCAGUCUCCCUCCAGCCUUCCUCCAGCCUACACCCUCGCCUCCCUCCCCCUUCCUCCACUCUCAGCCCUCCUCACCCUCCCAACGCGCGAGCUCGAAGCCCUCCUCUCGCACAUCCUACACAUCACGCGCCUCCUCGCACUCUACGAAGGCGUCCUCCUGCCUUUCACGCCGUUGCCCAGCUGUUUCGGGCCGGGCAAGGCCGGAGUGAAGGCGACGCCUGGUUGGGGCUUGCGGGACGCGCGAGACGAGAGCGAGGAGCGCGAAAAGGACGCUUCGGCUCGCUCGAGCAAGGAGGGACGCAAGCGCGUCGCAGGUGCCGGUCCAGGCGGACACUGCUGGCCGCUGUGCUUCGCAGUACGCAAAUCCGGCUCUUCCGCUCGCAACAGCAAGUCACAGCAGGAGGCGGCGCUGGACGAAGUCGAUUCGGACGACAACUCGUCGCGCAAGUCGGCGAGGUCUUCGAAAUCGGAUUUGCGGUCGUCUGCGUCGGGAGGGACAAAGCGCUCGACCAAGAGGGCCAAGGCGGUGCUUGUUGGUGCGGUUGCGCUGGCGUUUGAUUUGGCGUACAUUGCUUGGUCGCGCGAGGUGCGGAGCGGAAGAGGCGCGGACCUGCUGCGGUUGGAGGACUUGGAGGACCUUGGCGCGCUUAUCACGAAGGCCGCGGGCGUCGACGCAGCAGAUGCGCCCCCUCUCCCGCCCGACCCAUCUCCACCUCACACCACGCUCUCCCCCUCCUCAUUCCCCAUUUCCUUCCCUCACGCCGUCACCCACUACACCGCCCUCGCCUUUGCACCUCCCUCCUCCCUCGGCUCAACCUCGACGAUCAAGCCUGGAAGGACGAGGACGAGGACGACGAGCGACUCGAUGGGCGAUAGUGGAGUUGUUGUGCUCGGAGAAGGAGGAGAGGAGGAUGAGGAGGACGACGAGGAGUGGGAUUUGGUGGAUGUGUGA